GCAGCAGGAGUCCUCCCAGUCAGAUCUGGCUGAACGUGACGUGCCGACUCGGAGCCGAGCGAGGUUUCCUGGCGGAGCUGCGGAGGGAGCAGGAGCCGAGCGGGUCUGUCUGUCUGUCCGUCCGUGUGUCUGUCUGCCGCCGCAGUCUCUUGUCUGUCUGGGACACACACAUAAAAAACCCUCCUCUUUUUCGGCUUCCACGGUCUGGACUCGGAAUCCGCGGCUAUGGAUCCAUCGCUGUCCUCCUCCUGUUUUCACCACUGAGGGACCGUUGGAUGCUCCAGUGCCCAUAGAGGAGGAGGAGGGAGGAGGAGGAGGGGGGCAUCCUUGUCAUUCUUCGACUACCAGGCUGACUCACUGCUGGAGCGCCUGAACACAGAAGAAGAAGUUUAAGAGAACGAGGGAGUGAGGAAAACAAAUAGAGUAACAGAACGAAGGAGGGAGGGAGAGAAAGAGGGGAGUAAAGAAAAGAAUAAAGGUGUGGAAGUCUAGGAGGGGGGAGAGACAGCAGACAGCAAGAGAACGUCAGGUCGGGUCGGCGGGGCAAGAGGAGGAAAGAGGAAGUGAUUGUGGGAAAGAGAGGGAGACAUUACGGACUCAGUGGGGAACAAGUUAACAGAUCAGAGGCGAGCGUGGGCGCAGGUAGGUUGGAGGUCGGAGGUCGGAGGUCAAGCGGCGUUCAGACGGAAGGCUGACUGAGCUGCAGCCGAACAAACUGUCCCGCCGCCCCACCCUCCCCAACAACUGUCCCUUCACAGUCACCACACUGGGAGAACUGGGAGAACAGGUGACGAGGAGAAGCCACCAUGAGCGACCAGAACGUCGUCAAGGAAGGCUGGGUCCAGAAAAGAGGUGAGUACAUCAAGAACUGGCGACCGCGCUACUUUCUGCUGAAGACAGACGGCUCUUUCAUCGGCUACAAGGACAAACCGCAGGACUCUGACCUGGCCUACCCGCUCAACAACUUCUCUGUAGCAAAAUGUCAGCUGAUGAAGACGGAGCGGCCCAAGCCAAACACCUUCAUCAUCCGCUGUCUGCAGUGGACCACGGUCAUCGAGAGGACUUUUCACGUCGACACUCCUGACGAGAGGGACGAGUGGGCCGAGGCCAUCCAGAUGGUAGCCGAGUCUCUGGCCAAACAGGAGGAGGAGGGCAUCCUGUGCAGCCCCACCUCCCAGAUCGAGAACGUCAACGAGGAGGAGAUGGACACCUCCAUCAGCCACUACAAACGAAAGACAAUGAAUGACUUUGACUAUCUGAAGCUUCUGGGCAAAGGCACUUUUGGGAAAGUCAUUCUGGUGAGGGAGAAGGCGAGUGGCACCUACUACGCCAUGAAGAUCCUCAAGAAGGAAGUCAUCAUAGCCAAGGAUGAAGUUGCUCACACACUCACAGAAAGUAGGGUAUUAAAAAACACUCGGCAUCCAUUCCUAACUUCUCUGAAGUACUCGUUCCAGACUAAGGAUCGGCUGUGCUUUGUAAUGGAGUAUGUCAACGGAGGAGAGCUGUUUUUCCAUUUGUCAAGAGAAAGAGUUUUUUCGGAGGACCGCACCCGUUUCUACGGCGCUGAGAUCGUCUCUGCUCUAGACUACCUACAUUCUGCCAAGAUCGUCUAUCGUGAUCUGAAGCUGGAGAACCUCAUGUUGGACAAAGACGGCCACAUCAAGAUCACAGACUUUGGCCUCUGCAAAGAAGGCAUCACCGACACUGCCACCAUGAAGACCUUCUGUGGAACACCAGAGUACCUGGCUCCUGAGGUGCUGGAGGACAACGACUACGGGCGGGCGGUGGACUGGUGGGGUUUGGGCGUGGUGACAUACGAGAUGAUGUGUGGCCGCCUGCCGUUCUACAACCAGGACCACGAGAAGCUGUUUGAGCUCAUCCUCAUGGAGGAGAUCAAGUUCCCACGAACCCUGUCGGCCGACGCCAAGUCGCUGCUGUCGGGGCUGCUCAUCAAGGACCCCAACAAACGGCUGGGCGGCGGACCGGAUGACGCUAAGGAGAUCAUGCGACACAGUUUCUUUGGCACAGUCGACUGGCAGGACGUCUACGACAAGAAGCUGGUCCCACCUUUCCAGCCCCAGGUCAGCUCAGAGACGGACACACGCUACUUCGAUGAGGAGUUCACAGCACAGACCAUCACCAUCACUCCGCCGGAAAAAUAUGACGAGGACGGGAUGGACGCAGCGGACAACGAGCGAAGGCCUCAUUUCCCACAGUUCUCCUACUCAGCCAGCGGGCGGGAGUGAGCGCUCCGGCCCAGCCAGCCAGUAUCGUCCCCAUUCGUGGCCAUUUUGAGGAAAACACGUAGCCAUUUUAGGAAAAAAAAAAAUACCAGUCUCCCCUCUUUUUCUCCUUCUCUGCCUCCUCACAGACGGGGAGAAGUCUUUUUAGGGACUUUAAAAGAGGUUUUUGCACAGUGGGAUAGACUCCAGCCGGUCUCCCCACACUAAAAAAAUAAGUCUCCUACAUUUUCAGCGCUAUUUACUGCAGAAGGCAAUGUUUUUGUUAUUUAUUUUUUCUCUCCGUCAGUAUUAAGUUGUCGACCCGGGUUGCGUUCAUCUUUUUUUUUUGUUUGUUUGUUGUUUCUGCCCUUUUUUCUUCUUUUGACUUUUUGCACUUGGUUUGGAAGAGCCGUUUUAGGGAACAAAAAACCAAAAAUGUUGCCUUACGUGUGCAGAUGUUUCGUAUCAUACCGACAGGGUGUUUUGUUUUGUUUAUUGGGAGAGGGCGGGCGGGUUUUGGGGUUGUGAGGGGUCAUUCUUAGUUGAGAAUAAGUGCAUGGCUCGUGGUUCACUCAAAAAGAAAAAAACUACAAAAAAAAAUAUAUAUUUUCCUUCUCAUACAUUUGCCAUGGCAGCGCACAUUCCCCCAAUCCCAUGGCAAUGAAAAUCACUGUCUACAGGUAAACAAAAAAAAAAAGAAAAAACACAAAAACAAAAGAAGGACGAGAAUGGACGAGUCUGUAUCAUUCCUUUCAUCGUUGCAGUGUUACUACUUUGCUCUUGUAUUUUUUCAACCCAUGUGUUUUUUUUUUCUUUCUUGCGCUUUACUUCUGAGUUUGUUCUUUUAUUUUGAAACAGGAAACACUAAACUGCCAGAAACUGCACAGUUCACUCAGGCGCCACAGAGCACAACCGCGUUCAAACUCAGCUAACCGCUCCAGCUUUCCACAGCCGGCAGGGGAACGAGGCCUUUCUCUGCUUUCUCACCGCUUCUCCUCCUCCUCUUCCUCCUCCUCCUCCUCUUCCUCCUCCUCCUCUUCACCUCCGCUCUUUGUUUCCUCAUCGUAGCUGUAGGACUAGUGGAAUGGGUGUUUACACAGGGAAAUGUGGCUUAAUGUAUGUAUGUAUGUACUGUAUGUAUGUGGGACAUGGGGGUCAACUUCAUGCUGUCAUAGCACACACACACACACACACACACACACACACACACGCACGCAAACACACCAUAUAUAUCUACAGUCAGAAACAGGAAACAGCUGUGAUAUCAGACUGAAGUCGGCAGUUUACUCCAAGCAAAAUCAAAGUUGGUGUUUUCUGAAAUGAACAGAACAUGAGAAUAUUCACUGCUGCUACAGGUGUGUUUUUAUAACAGCUCACGUCAGGUGAAGCUGAAGUCGAAGUCGGUCCACACAGGGGUCGGUCUCACAGCUGAGGUGUUUCAGUUUCUACAAAUGUGUUAACUCCUUUAGGGGCACAUUAAACACUUGAUGGUCCAUUUUUCCCUCCCUCUACCUGCUAAGGAGAGUAUAAACCCAACAGAGAGGCACAAGUCUCCCACUUAAUUUCCCUUCCUAAGUCCGCCUCUUUUCGCUCAGUGUGUAGGAUUUAGGGGGAUAUACUGGCAGAAAUGUAAUAUAAUAUAAUAAGUAUGUUUUUAGUGUAUAAUCACCUGAAAAUAAGAGUUGUGUUUUCCUUACCUUAGAAUAAGCUGUUCGUAUCUACGCAUGGAACAGGUCCUUUUCUACAAAGAUUGCCAUGUUGCGCCGCCAUGUUUCUACAGUAGCCCAGAGCGAACACAACAAACACUGGCUCUAUAUUGCUCCUCCUGGACCAGAGUGUCGUAAAAACGCAGAUUUUUUUAAGGCGAAACUGCUUUAUUCACUGUUUAAAGUUGUGAGAGCAAGAGCAACAUGGAUGUUUCUGUUGGCAUCUAGAAGCCACCGAGGCUAACAGUUCAGUAGGCCAGCAAGCGGGUCACCAAAUGCAGGAAACGCAAAGGCAUAGUGACAGAGGAAAAAACCAACUCUUUAUCAACAUUCUCCUCAGACAUGUCGUAAAAUUUAUGAAGAAAACUCUCUCUGACUAAAAUUACAACGAAUCUUACCAUCCACUGCCAUUUCUGAAAACACAUCGUAACUCCUGAACUUGGAGUUUUCAGAAAACUUCCACUUUUGAAGUUGUGAAUACAAGAAGAGAGGGACUCUUUUCUUGAACACAGAAAACACGAAGGCAGCAUACUUCUCCUAUUCUCGUGAGACUAGAAGCCUGAAUUUGUGUCGUUUUUCCCAGUUCUUUAAAGCUAAUAUCAUGAAUUUAUUCUUCCGUCACAUACUGUAGUCCUUGUCGUCUGAUUCUUGUAAUCUGAAAAUCUGCUUCUUUCAAUCAUGUUCAUAUUUGCAAAUCAACCACCCAAAUGUGAUCUGAUGUUAGUAGGACUUAGGGCGUGCGUGUGAGUGAUAAAGAGGGGGAAGAGAAGGUGGAAGGUGGACUAUUGCACGCAAAGUUUCUGUAAGUCGUUAAUAACUCGAACACCACAGGUUGGGCCGCAUCACUAGAUGCACAGAAAGUGAAUCACGACAGUUGCCAGUCGCAGAUAAUCGUCUGCAAAUAAUCACAUCUGUUCCUUUUCCUCGUCAGACCGCCAAUUCAGUUUUUUUAU